AUGAUCUCUCCCGCUCGCUCGCGGUUCGGCUGGAAAUGCUGCCGCGCUCUUGGAGUUCGAAGGAACACCGCCGUCUCCGAGUCGACAUUCAGCCUCCUGCAGCAGAUACAGAGGACACACGGCAGCGAGGAUCAGGGAACGCUGCAAUCGGUGGCCGGCAGCGUGCUGCGCGUCACCCUCCCUGGUCCCGUCUUCGUGGGCCAAGGCCUGCGGGUUCGGGAGGCUCCCGCAGUGGUUCUGCGCUUCGACCGCGCCGGCGUGGUCGCGGCGCUGCUUGCUUCGGACGCGUCCCCACCUACAGCUGGGGAGGUCGUGGUGCCGGGUCGGUCUCUUGCUCUGCAGAGUCGCCAGUGGGCGGCGGGGGUGACCUACGCGAGCGUGGCCGAUCUGUUGACCAGCGAGGGGUCUCCCUCAGAGAGCCUGCUGAAGCUCCCAGCAAACCCAGCUGUUCCAUCUCGGCGGCCAAUUCGCCAGCGUCUGGCCAGUGGCCUUGCAGCCGCGGAGCUCUUGCUGCCCCUGGGCCAGGGCCAUCGCGUAGGGCUCGUUGGGCCUCCGGGCACUGGCAAAAGCGCAUCCCUGCGCAUGCUCGUAGCCUCCCAGCCAGCGGACACAGCCGUCGUUUAUGCGGCCGUCCGUUCACCGGAGCGCCUGCGGUCCGAGUUCGAGGCUCUGGGCUUCAGCGAGCGCAGCGCCCCGGCUGUCGUGCUGUGCGCGGAACCCCGCGCGUCGGCCGCCGAGCGCUACUUCCUGGUGCUUUCCGCCCUCCGCUUGGCCACUAGCCUUCGGAAGUCCCAUCAGCAUGUGCUGCUGGCGGUGGACGACUGCAUGAACUUCGCAGAGGCGGCCAACGAGCUGAACGGCGCGCCGCCAGUACCGCCGGCGCAGGCUGUGGCGGCCAUGCUAGACACCGGGGGCAACUUUGAAGACGAGGGCGCUGAGCAUGCCCUGUCAGUCGCUAUUGCAUUGGACUUAGUCCCGGAGGAUGAACUGCCGACCACGGCACGCGAGGUCUGGAGAGGGGCUGAGCCCUCCUUGGACGUUUGCUUGAACUUCUCAGCGAAGCUGGCGGCGCAUGGGGUGCUGCCGGCUAUCGACCUGGAUGUGCUGCUAAGCAGCGCAGGGUAUCCGCCCGUGUACCAAGCCCCUCUUCUGGGGGCCCUCCGGAAGGAGAUCCGCAAGCUGCUGGAGAGGAGCAAACAGCUGAACCAGCGCCUGGAGACGGGUCGUGAGCUUGGCUUCCAUGCCGAGACAGAGGACCUGGAUGCCCUGGGCUCGGAUACCGUCGCCCGCGCUCUGCUGUCGCACUCGAAGCCUCGGUCCCUGCGCGAGCUGGCCGUGUUGGCCUGCGCAAGCGUCGUCUACUACUUCCCGCACCACAGGACACCUCCGCGAUCGGCACUCGCCGGUUUUCAGGCUGAAGUGCUGGAGUCUAUACGCUCUGAGUGCCCGGCCAUUUGGGACUCCCUUGAUCGCCUUGAAGAGCUCAAGGAGGCAGACGUCGGCCAGCUCCUCCGUGAGUUGGGGGAGCCCUUGCUUGCCAGGCGCUUCCACUACCAGCUGACGCGCGGCGACAUGUGA